AUGAGCACCGUCGUUACAGAUGUGUCCAGCGUGCUGUGCUACAAACACUCAGUGACCUACACGGUGGAAGGUGUGCAUGAAGAACGACACUGGCAAGCUGCGAAUGGCUCUUUGCUCCUCGUGCGCGGCCGUAUUUUUGGCAAAGAUAGUGAGGUUCUCUCCUGGGACACCGUGGCCUCGGAGCUGACUCAGCUGGCGGCUUUGCCAGAUUUGGCAGAUGUUUCAAGGUACUUCUCCAGAUUGCACGGAUACUUUUGGGUAACCUAUGUUUCUGCUGCAGACUCUUUGCUUUCACUUUUUGCCGUUUCUGAUGCAGUGGGUAUGACGCCCAUGUGGCUGGGAUGUGGCCGGGAUGACGAAGGAGAUUUCCUCUUGCUGUCUCCUUAUUGGCCAUUGGAGCAAGUACCUUUGGCUCGGCCCAACGUGCAUUUGCAGCAAUCCUCCCCAAGAUUGCUGCACUGCUGGUCGGCCAAGGAUGGCUUGGCCACAUCCAAGCCUGAUCCAUUCUAUGGGCUGCAUGAGGCCUGUGACCUUGAGUCGCCCACCAAUGCCACUGCUCGCUUGCAGGAAGCAUUGCUUCAGGCAGUAAGACGCUGCACGGUGGGGGAAGAGCAUGUUGGUCUUCUUUUCAGUGGCGGCCUGGACUCGGGGCUUCUAGCUUGGAUUCUGACCAGCUUCUCGUCGUGCAAGUGCUCCGGCUACACUGUUGGUUUUCACAUGGAAGACAAGAAUAUCAAGAACAAGUAUGCAUAUCCGGAGGACCUUUCCAUGGCAGAAGUGGCUGCUGCUGAGAUGUCUUUGCCAUGGAAUGCCCAUGUCUUGGACUUGAAAGAGGCAGAGCAACUUCUUCUGCAAUGUGCUCCAGUGGUGGCUGAUUUGAAUAGUGUCAAGGCUUCGGUGGCGAUGACAAUGCUGAGUGCAUGCAAGAUGGCUGCCAGAGACAACCUCUCCGUGGUUCUCAGUGGUUUGGGUUCUGAGGAGGCCUUUGCCGGAUAUCAGCGCCACGUGCGUGCCUGUGGUGCCGGCGAUGUGGCCACGCGCAGGGACCGCACGCUGGGCUUGGCACAAAUGUGGCACCGGGACUUGCAGAGGGAUUGGGCUGUGGCCCGAUUGGCCAAGGUGGAGAUUCGCUAUCCCUUCCUGGAUGCCGACCUCUUGGCGAUCGCCCUGAACCUGCCCUCGGGAGAGUUCCUCGGGCGGUCGAGACCGCGGGGACCCGCGGGCGCCGGUGCUGAGGCUGAGGCCUGUGCGGAUGGUGGGAAGGGUGCGCUACGUGCAGUGGCUCGAAGCUUAGGAGCUCCUCAACGUGUUUCAGAGAGGAGGAAGAGAGCUGCUCAGUAUGGCUCGAGGAUCUACAACGCCUUGAAGAUCUUAUCCAACGAAGCUGGAAAGCAGCAAGAAGACUCACGAUACCACCAGGCGAACUAUGUGAUGUCUGUACCCGGAGCGUCACACUCACCAAUUGCGUUGCUUCACACCAGCGGAUACCAUAGCAUCCAGGUGUAUUGCCUGCUCAGGAGUUGGCGCUGUCAAAUCGCCUGCAUCAUUCCCCCCAGUGACCAAGACUCAGACUACGCCGCCGCCAAGGCCUUUGCGGCUUCGCUCCAACUGCCGCUCUUGCGGUGUGCGGUCAGAUGUUCUGAGGGCUACGAGAUGGCAGGUUUGAUGGCAGCACUGAGACUAGCCAAGGAGGAAUUCCAGAUUGAGGCGGCCGCAUGUGGCCAUGUCUGCGACUUGGACUUGUGGGGUUCCUUCGCAGCCGCCUGUGACGCCGUCAGCCUCCGAGCAAUGGCACCUGAGUGGGGCUCCUGCCCAUCCAAUCAGUCCAGCAUGCGUCGCAUAGUGCACGACGGAACGGCACUUCAACUCACCAAGUUUCCAUUGUCCAGCUGGCUUGGGCAUACGAUUUCGAGCCCGGAGGAGGCAGAUGCUGUUUUGGACGCUUUGCAGACGAUUUGUGGCCCAGAUGCCACUGACGACACCGAUGCGGGCUACGUUGAUUGUGACUUUGUCUCAAGCCCCUUUCUCCCGUGUGGAGUACGAGAUGUUAGAGACAAGAGCGUAGCGCUUGUUUCUGCCCUACUGCAACAAAAAAGACUUUGCUUUCAGAGUCAUGUCCAUGGACUUUUUCAGGUGCUUGUUUAG